GCGUGCCCUGUGCGGCGUUCAUACUCAGACGCUGCUACUGGAGCCUUUCCCCCCUUACCGCCGGCGUCAACUGCGGUUGCGACUGCGCGUGACGCCACAACCAAAGAAAUUGCACUGACACCGCAUGAACUAGCGUCAAGAAAUGAAAAAGAAGAGGCAUGCAGCUCGAGAAGUCACAGCGCGCCAUGUUCGCCGGCCUCCUCUACUGAAAAAGAAGACCGUGACGUGGCGGAUCGCAACACGCCAUGUUCGCUGGCCUUUCAAGCAGGGGACACGCGUGCUGUAGCCGAAAGCGCCUCCACUUCGGCUGUUACCAUCACUCCUCCUGAUCCCAGCAAAGUUUUGAACGCGGAUAUAGCGUCUGACCCUGCGAUCGCUGCAGUCGAUGUACCCACGAAGUCUGCUGCGGCUUCAUCAGCCUCAGUUGCAUCUCCUACAGCGGCGCAGCCAUUGCAUCUGGGUGGGCCCCCGGCUGCCGAGGUUGUCGGUGACGAUGAAACCAAUCCCGCCGUCUUACCGCUACCGACAUCAUCCUCAUCAGAAAACAGCUUCAGCCUCGGAGUUGAUAGCAGCGUUGGACUCUCGCCGAGCCUGGAUGAACUCGACAUAGAAAUGGCGGCCCCACGAGACGUAAAGCGCGCUCAUGCGUCAGCCUCUGGCUCGGACGGCGGCCCCGAUCGCCGUGCCGAGUUACAGCGGCCCAAAAAACCUCGGCCUUCUUCGAGAGGGUCGAAGAAGUGACGCGUGGACUGCUUAACCCCUGGACUUGUUCCCGGGGCGCCGACUUGAGCAACACGACCAUGCAGAGACGCCGAGCCAUGCCUCGACCGGUGUCCGCCCAGACUCGGAACGAGAACGUCAUGAAGCUCACGGCUGCCCGGCAACUGCACAACACGUCGGACGCCGUGGAGAAGCUGCGACUCCUGUGCCUUCAGCGGGGCUCGGCCGGAAUCCUGGGUCUUGGAAAAGUGUUCCGCCGGAUGGACGACAACGGCAGCGGCGACCUGUCUCGCGACGAGUUCAUCAAAGGGUUGGACGACUCCGGCAUGGCGCCGUUUCUCGAGGCCGAGGACUACGAGAAGCUGUUCGAGAUGUUCGACGCCGACAACUCCGGAGCGAUCAAGUUCGACGAAUUCAUCCGCACUAUCAGACCCAAGAUGAGUCCCAGCCGAGAGGCGUUGGUGGCCAAGGCAUUCCAGAAGCUGGACCGUUCGGGCGACGGCCAGGUGACCUUCGAGGACUUGAAGAGCGUGUACAACGUGCGGAACCACCCCGAGUACUUGAACGGGCAGAAGACGGAGCGAGAGCUGUUGAACAAGUUCCUGGCCACCUUUGAACAAGGGGGCGUCGUCGACGGCGUUGUGACCAAGGACGAGUUCUUCGACUACUACUCGGGCGUGAGUGCUUCCAUCGACGAAGACGCCUACUUUGACCUGAUGAUGAGAACCUGUUGGAAGCUAUAGCCCCGUCGGGGCACACGGACGCCCGUGCAAACAUCCGUUCCUCUUCGUUUACCCACUUGCGUUUUUUUUUUCUUGCCACGUCGGUCACCGAAUGAUUGCCGCGAGAUGACUACAUUGUCUGGGCACAGAUAACGCUUCGAUGUGUCGCCAGGGCCAAAUGAUUAAAGCGAUUAAAACGAACAUUAAUUCUGCA